GACGCCGCGCGUCUCCCUGGCGGCGGUCAGAAUGACUUCAACAAGUAAGGCGAUAGAAUUACAGCUACAAGUGAAGCAAAAUGCAGAGGAAUUGCAGGACUUCAUGAGGGACUUAGAGCACUGGGAAAAUGAUAUUAAACAAAAGGACAUGGAACUGAGAAGACAAAGUGGUGUUCCUGAAGAGAAUUUACCUCCUAUUCGAAAUGGGAAUUUUAGGAAAAAGAAGAAAGGCAAAGCUAAAGAUUCUUCCAAAAAAACCAAAGAAGAAAAUACAAAAAACAGGAUAAAAUCUUUCGAUUAUGAUGCCUGGGCCAAACUUGAUGUGGACAGUAUCCUUGAUGAACUUGACAAAGAAGAUAGCACCCACGAUUCUGUGUCCCAGGAAUCGGAGUCAGAAGACGAUGGUGUUCGAGUAGAUUCCCAGAAGGCUCUUGUUCUAAAAGAAAAGGGCAAUAAAUACUUCAAACAAGGAAAAUAUGAUGAAGCAAUUGAAUGCUACACAAAAGGCAUGGAUGCUGACCCAUAUAAUCCUGUGUUGCCAACAAACAGAGCAUCAGCUUACUUUAGAUUGAAAAAAUUUGCCGUUGCUGAGUCUGACUGUAAUUUGGCAAUUGCCUUGAGCAGGAGUUACACCAAGGCUUACAUCAGACGAGGUGCUGCUCGGUUUGCUCUGUGGAAAUUAGAGGAGGCCAGAAAAGAUUAUGAAAAAGUAUUAGAACUGGAACCAGGUAACUUUGAAGCAACAAAUGAACUCAAGAAAAUUGAUAAGGCUUUAACAUCCAAAGAAAACUCACAUCCCAAAGAAGUUGCUACAGUGAUUAAACCAACUGAAGGGGAGAAAAAGCAAAUCGAGGAACAGCAGAACAAGCAGAAGGCCAUUUCAGAGAAAGAUCUGGGGAAUGGAUUUUUCAAAGAGGGAAAAUAUGAGAGAGCAAUUGAAUGUUACACUAGAGGGAUAGCUGCCGAUGGUACCAAUGCCCUCCUUCCAGCUAACAGAGCCAUGGCCUACCUUAAGAUUCAGAAAUAUGAAGAGGCUGAAAGGGACUGCACACAAGCUAUCUUACUUGACGGCUCCUAUGCAAAGGCUUUUGCCAGGAGAGGAACUGCAAGAACAUUUUUGGGAAAGAUCAAUGAGGCCAAGCAAGAUUUUGAAACUGUGUUACUUCUGGAACCUGGAAAUACGCAGGCAGUUACUGAGCUUUCCAAAAUUAAAAAGGAAUUAAUUGAGAAAGGACAUUGGGAUGAUGUCUUUCUUGACUCCACACAAAGACACAACGUGAUAAAACCUGUAGAUAAUCCGCCUCAUCGUGGGUCACCUAAAGCACUUAAGAAGAUUUUUAUUGAAGAAACUGGCAAGUUGGUGGAGACUGUUGAUGCUUCAGAUGGCACUGCCGAUGCUCCCCAGAGUCAUCGAGCAAAGGCAACAGCCGCUGAGGGCCCCGAAAGCAAGAAGAAUUCAAGCCAUGGGGACAACUUGCCCGCAGGUGAUACUCCAAGAGCCAAAGUGUUGAAAAUAGAAGAAGUCAGUGACACUUUGGCCCUACAACCACAGGUAGAUUCAAAGCAGGACAUGGGCCAGUCUUCCAGUGAGAAGAUCCCUGUGAAGGUGGAGCAGAUGCCGGAUCAGUUUGCCACUGCUGUUCUGCCUCCAGUCCCUGCCAACUCCUUCCAGCUUGAGUCUGACUUCCGACAGCUGAGAAGUUGCCCAGAUAUGUUGUAUGAGUAUUUAAAGAAAAUUGAACCAUCUUUGUAUCCGAAGUUGUUUCAGAAGAACCUAGAUCCAGAUGUAUUCAAUCAAAUCAUUAAAAUUUUACAUGACUUUUACAUUGAGAAAGAAAAGCCAGCUCUUAUCUUUGAAAUCUUACAGAGGCUUUCUCAACUGAGAAGGUUUGACAUGGCAGUGAUGUUCAUGUCAGGACCUGAGAAAAAGAUCACAAAUAUAUUAUUCAGUCACUUAGAAAAAUCAGAAUUGAAGGAGGAUUCUGUUGAAGAACUCAAGAAAAGAUAUGGUGGCUGACCAUGGUUGAUGAGGUUAUUUUGUCUUCUACAUGUACAUUAUUUUUCUCAUUGAAAUCAAGUGUUUUGUUUGUCUUUUUAAGAAAAUGAAAUCAUACCUGAGAGAA